AUGUCAAGUUUAAAUGAUCAGUUUGCGGCGUUUAGGAAGUCAGUUGCUUCCCAACCAGUUUAUGGUCGGCCUAAUACAUCGAAGACCACAACUUCCGCAACUAUUCAAUCUAAUUCGAAAGUCACUUUAGAUACGCAACCCGCGAAAAAGAAGACGAGAAAAACCGUCUACUCACAGCCAAAUGAAACAAGUACUGUUAAAAAUACACUGAGCUUACUUCACAAUGUGAUCAGCUAUCUCAAGGAAAAAGUAGAUUCCCCACAAACAGCCGAAGAUCUCAAGAGAGAGAAUAUAGCAGACAUCACCAGUAAUAGAGAAUUAUAUGAAAUAAUGAUCAAAAAUCCGAAAAUAGUAUAUAACGCUGCAGAUGGAACAUUUCAAUAUAAGCCAAUUUAUCCUAUUCGAUCCAAAGAAGACUUGUUGAAAUUGUUAAAGGAAAGGAAAGACAAAGUUGGCGUAUCUCGUGGAAUGCUAUUUAAGGAUUUAGACGAUUGCACAGAUUUAACAAACGUUAUAGAGGAGUUAGAAAAAGAAGGGAAGAUUAUGGUUAUACGACUUAUGAAAGAUAAUUCUCCACGAUUAUUAUACUGGAAUGAUCAACAAUAUAAUACUCCUAUGGAUAAAGAGUUUGUAGAUAUGUUUAAUAGUGUCAAGGUUCCAGAUGAGAGUGAUCUAAAGAAGUCACUCGAGGCCGCUGGAUUACAAACAAUGUCUGUUCUUGAAAAUAAAGCCCGAACAGAG